GCGAAAGCUCGAACACCGCUGCUGGGCUGGAGACGGCGGGAGCUGCCGCCGGCAAGUUGAAGUUACUGAGGACCGGUUUUCCCGGAGCCGCGCGGUACGGAGGCCGGAAUCAUGACCGGCGAAGUGGAUUCUGAGGUUAACCUGGAAGUCAGUGAUCUAAAAUUCGCUUCACAAGAAGCAGCAGACAGUCCCAUAGACAGUGGACAGGGCAGCUUUGAAACACUCGAGACCCUGAGUGAAAAAGAUUCUGACGAAGAGAUAUUUGUGAGUAAGAAACCGAAGGGCAGGAAAGUGCUGCAGGACAGCGAUUCGGAGGCUGAGGACACAGAUGUGGCUCCAGAGGUGCCCACCUAUGGCAGCGCGGAGAAUAAAGAGAACUUGCACUCGGGAGAGAGCAGGAAGCACAAAAGCAUCUCUAAGACUCUGGCCGACAGCGAUGAGAGUAACCUGGAGGGAACUGUGUGUCAGGAGAGCCCUGGAACUCCAGAGACGCCUUCCUUAGAACUGAACCACCAGUCUGGACGCCCCACGGAUCUCACCCCUGACAGAAAGCUAGCCAAAAACCUCUCCAGAGAAGGAGCUGAAGGAAAAGCAAAACUGAAAUCCAAGAGAAGACUCGAGAGAGAGGAGAGAAUGGUGGAAAAAAUUCGGCGGCUGAAGAAGAAGGAGACAAAACAUGAGGAAAGCGUUGCAGACCAGCCGCUUAAUGACAGUGGCUGUCUUCUUGAAGACAGUGAUCUUUUUGAAACAGGUUUGGAAGAAGAGAACGACUCUCCAAUGGAAGAUGAAGAGUCAUUAGAGUCGAUAAGGGCAGCCGUGAAGAACAAAAUGAAAAAUCACAAGAAAAAGGAACCAUCUCUGGAGAGUGAGGCGUUUUCAUUAGAAGAGGAAAAUGAGUUAACUAAAGGCAGUGGGAGGAAGGAAAGAAAGGCAGCAAAGUUAAGUAAGGAAGCAUUAAAAAAGCUACACAGUGAGACCCAGCGUCUUGUCCGAGAAUCUGCACUUAAUCUUCCAUAUCAUAUGCCUGAGAAUAAAACCAUUCAUGAUUUCUUCAAACGUAAACCUCGGCCCACUUGCCAGGGAAAUGCCAUGGCCCUGCUGAAGUCGUGUAAGUAUCAGUCAAGCCAUCACAAGGAAACCAUAGCCACAGCAGGUGCAGCAGAGAUGACCGCUGAUGACCCCAGCAAAGGCACUGAGCGGACACCAGGUACAGAAAUCGCAACGGGUACUAAUGUCUUACCUGAGGUCUCAGAAGAAGCUGAGAUCACCACUGGGUCAGAUGAAGCUCGGUCAGAGGAGCUGGUAAGACAUGGAGAGCUGGAAAUUGAGGAGCCCGAGAAGCACAUUGAAGACAGACCUUCUCCUGGGGACAGAUCAGCGUCACAGCAGGAAUCCCCCAUCUCCAGGAACAAGGCCAAUGAGGAAUGUCAGGUUGGAGAACUCACAGCAUCUGACCCUCAUGCCCUGGAGGGAGAAAAACUGAAAAAAACAGAAGAAACAGAUUCAAAAGAGGAACAGACAUUACAAAAGACUAAAUUGUCAGCAGUGGCACCCCCUGAAAAGGUGAGAAGAUUCACCGUGGACCGACUUCGACAACUGGGAGUGGAUGUCUCCAUUCGGCCUCGGCUGGGUGCUGAUGAAGAUUCCUUUGUGAUACUUGAUGAACCUGAAACGAAUAGAGAACUGGAAGCCCUGAAGCAGCGUUUCUGGAGGCAUGCUAAUCCAGCAGCCACUCCCAGGGCUCGUCAGGUGGUGAAUGUGAACAUCAUAGUAAAGGACUUGGGCAGUGACGGCAAGGAGGAGCUAAAGACAGAUGUGGUGCCCGUGACAUUGGCAGCUGAGAAGCUGGAUGAAGCAAGCCACACAAAACCAGGUGAAAAACUGCAGGUACUAAAAGCUAAAUUGCAGGAGGCAAUGAAACUCCGGAGGCUUGAGGAGCGGCAAAAGCGCCAAGCAUUAUUUCAAUUAGAUAAUGAAGAUGGAUUUGAAGAGGAAGAGGAAGAAGAAGAAAUGACAGAUGAGUCUGAAGAAGAUGGAGAAGAGGAGGUAGAAGAGGAGGAUCAAGACACUCAGGAGACUACAGAAUUUCUUCUUGGUAAUGAAGAUACAGAAACCAAAGAUGAAAAGGAGACAGACAAAGAAAAUACAGAUGGCAGUAGUGAAAUUGGCAAGUGUGUUGAUCUCUCUGUUCCCAAGCCUCUCUCCUCAGACUCCACCUUACUUCUGUUUAAGGACAGCUCUUCCAAGACAGGUUACUUUCCUACUGAAGAAAAAUCAGAAACUGAUGAACACUUGGGCAAGCAGUCUGACAAACUGGAUGAAGAUGACUUGUGUUCACUGCUAACAAAGGAGAGCAGCCACAAUAGCAGCUUUGAGCUGAUUGGCUCCACAAUUCCAUCCUAUCAGCCUUGCAACAGACAAACAGGCCGUGGGACCAGUUUUCUUCCUACAGCAGGAGGAUUCAGGUCCCCUUCCCCUGGACUGUUUCGAGCCAGUUUGAUCAGCUCAGCUUCGAAGAGUUCAGGAAAACUGUCUGAGCCUUCACUUCCCAUAGAGGAUUCCCAGGAUCUGUACACCGCCUCCCCAGAGCCUAAGACACUUUUCCUAGGGGCAGGAGACUUCCAGUUCUGUUUAGAAGAUGACACUCAGAGCCAACUGUUGGAUGCAGAUGGAUUUUUAAACAUUAGGAAUCACCGGAAUCGAUAUCAAGCUCUGAAGCCUCAGUUGCCACUGGCCAGUAUGGAUGAGAAUGCCAUGGAUGCCAACAUGGAUGAGCUGCUGGAUUUGUGUACUGGGCAGUUUACUUCUCAGUCUGAAGAGAAAUGUCAACCUAGGAAAACUGACAAAAAGGAAAACAUGGAGGAACUUCUGAAUCUUUGCUCGGGCAAAUUUCCUUCUCAAGAUGCCUCCUCUAUGGCUCCACUGGAGCUGAGCAAGCAGGAGAAGGAGAGCAGCGUGGAUGAUCCUAUGGAAGAGGCACUUGCUCUUUGCUCAGGCUCUUUCCCAACAGACAGGGAGGAAGAGGGUGGAGAGGAGGAAUUUGGAGACUUUCAGCUUGUUUCAAAGGAAGAUGGAUUUGCUAGUGAUGAGGAUGAACACAGUGACUCCGGUGAUGAAGAGCUGGCCCUGGACCAGGAUGAUGAGGCCCUGGAGGAUGAUGAGGAAGAGCUCCUAAAGCAAUCUGAGAAGAUGAAAAGGCAAAUGAGAUUACAGAAAUACCUGGAAGAUGAGGCGGAAGUGUCAGGAAGUGAUGCGGGAAGCGAAGAUGAGUAUGAUGGGGAAGAGAUUGACGAGUAUGAGGAAGACGUCAUCGAUGAAGCGCUUCCUUCUGAUGAGGAGCUGGAGAGUCAGAUCAAGAAGAUCCACAUGAAAACCAUGUUGGAUGAUGACAAGCGACGGCUGCGGCUAUACCAAGAGAGGUACCUUGCUGACGGAGAUCUGCACAGCGAUGGGCCUGGACGAACGAGAAAAUUCCGAUGGAAACACAUAGAUGACACCUCCCAGAUGGAUCUGUUCCACAGAGACUCUGAGGACGAGCAGGUUGAAGAGCAACUUGACGAGACUGAAGCCAGGUGGAGAAAGGAGCGAAUCGAACGAGAGCAGUGGCUUCGGGAACAGGUUCAACAGGGGAAGAUUGCUGCUGAAGAAGAGGACAUUGGGGAAGACAGUCAGUUUAUGAUACUAGCCAAGAAAGUUACAGCCAAAGCGCUGCAGAAGAAUGCCAAUCGUGCUGUGGUUGUUCAGGAAUCAAAGUCUGUGCCCAGUAACCCUUUUGAAACCAUCAGACCAGGAAGUGCUCACCAGCUGAAGACGGGUUCCUUGCUGAACCAGCCCAAGACUGUGCUUCAGAAACUUGCUACCCUGUCUGACCUCAACCCCAGCGCUCCCCGAAACUCAAGAAACUUUGUCUUCCAUACACUUUCUCCCACCAAGGCAGAGGCAGCAAAGGCAUCGUCUAAGCCUCAGGUGAGAAGAAAGGGGCCAUCAUUAAUGAUGUCACCGUCCCCAAAACGGCUAAAGACAGAUAAUAGCAGUCCAGGCCCAAAGCGAAGCAUCUUCAGAUACUUGGAAAGCUAACACUAUUCAGGAUGCCAGCAUCUGCUAAAAUUGCUCCAAGUAGGUCUGGCCCCCAAUGUGGGACUGACGUUUGCGCCAAUGACCUCUCUCCUUCCCUUGGAUGCAUUGUGGGCAGAGUUUCCAGUUCUUCCUGCCACGGCUCUCGAUAGCAGUUUUCUUUCCUGGUGUUAUUUUCCAGUUCGGCCACUAUUCUUAUCACUACAGUUUCCAGCAGCGACUUACAGAAUAAUUGAAGUCUCAGUUCUUCUGUUCCGCACUUGACAUUUUUCUUAGCAGUUUCCUGGGUCAACACCACUUUGAAUUGAGGUGUUUGGAGGAGGAAGAAAGUGUGGCAUUAUAGAAAAUUACAGAAAGCACUGCAAGCCAGUACUGGGAUGACUCCUCCACACCCACGCGACCCGUAGCAUGGUAACCAGGACUCAGUGCGAGUGACUUAGAUGGAGGACCUGGGAACCGCCCAGCCGGCUGGUGCAUCAUCAGUCUUGCUCCUUCUGUGUUUCCUGCAAGCGUCUAGCCUUGAUGUCUAAUUAACCUUUACUACCUUUGACAGAAGGACGUGAGCUGGUACCGAGUUCACUUUCUGGAGCGUGGGAGGAAGAUGAAGGUUAUACCCGGUGUCCACCCACACUGGGUAGUCUGUGGAAGACAGACCUUCCCUGGGACUAGAGGCUCAAAGCACUUGUUUGUGAGCCUCUCCUCUGCCAACAAGAAGAAACCUGACCGCUAUUUAUUGCAUCUCUUGGGCUGAGUAUGUUGCCCUCACCAGUCAGAGAGCGUUUUAAUAGUUCAUCCCUAAUAUUGAGAGCAGACCUGUGGACUUUAAUAAAACAUUGAAGAGAACUGCCGUCACUCACCUUCUGUGACCUGCCACUGGGCUUCCAGAAGUAUAGACCAAUUGUCCCCCUCAGGAUUGAACUCAGUGCUGCUUUGCAAAAGCCAUUCCAGUAUCGAAAGCUGAGCAUGGGAAGGUGGGGGAGAUUGUGUCUGUCUUUUAUUGAGAGACAUAAAACAGCCAAUUUAAUUGAUGAAAUUAAGAUGUAGGUUUUCUUUUCAUUGCUAGGGUUUUUUGUUUUCUAAUACUCAGGAUGCUGACUUUUACAGAACACACAUUUGUAUAUUUGUAAUCUUGUAAUGGGAGAGUGUGUAUAAAGCUGUUUUAAUAUGUAUGUAGGUUUUCAAUAAAUCUCAUUGCCCUGAGGGCAGGGUUUGCUGUCCAGCGAGAGUGCUCAUUCCUAGGUCAGUCAGUGCCCAAGCUCAGACAGUAUUUGAUCUUCAGGAUGUUUCACUCCCAGGAAAUUCUAUGUCCAGAAUAACAGUGUGCUGCCUUUGCCCUUCGCUGCCCUCCAUCCCUCUGGAGUGGUCUGAAUGCAGUGCUGGUCGGGGGAGAGC